AUGGAGAAGCAGGUAUGCGAAGAGUCUGCUGAAUCCGCUAUAGGGGAGGAUGAAGACGGCAAAGGGGACGCUAAUAUUACACCGAGAAAUGAGGACAAAGAAGGAUUACGAGAAGUCCCUCGCAGUCGAGUCGAUGUCCACGAGCUUGAGCAAAAGAGCGAACAAGUCCGCGAUGAAACCGAGAAUCUUGUCAGUGAACUUGAACACUGCGAGCAUAUCAUACAUGAUCUAGAAAGUCAAAUUAGGGUUCUUAAAGAAGAUAAAAUCAGACUUAUGGAAGCCAGUGAACUUAGCAGAGAGCUUAGGGCCGACCUCAGCGAUCAGAUAGAGGAAUUACAGAAGAGGCUCCAAGACAGCAAACAUCGAGAGCGGGAACUCCAAGCGCAACUUGAAGAAAGUCGCCAGAUCCAUACACACUUCAAGGUGGAGCUUGAGGAAGCCAAGUUAGAUCGUAUCCAGCAACUUCGCCAAAGGGAGAAACAAGAAUAUGAAUCAGAACAACUAUCACGGCGCUCACUGCAUGGCCAGAUGGAUGCUGCUGCCCAGAACCUUAUCCAGAGGUCAAAUGAACAGUCUGGCUUCCUAACAAUGGGUUCUGCACAGGUCAUCUAUCAACGUGGACCGGAUGAUAUAGAUAUCAUCGCACAGCAGAGUCGUCAACUUUCUCUCCUAGCACAUGCGAAGCGUCGUGCCAAGCAGGAAGCCCAAAAGAAUUCUCAGAGAGCCCAACUAGCUGAGCUAGAGGCAGAAAAUUCUCGCCAGGAGCUCGCUGAGUUGAAGGAGAAGAAGCAGCGUAAGGGCGACAAAAAAUAUGCAUUGUACAGAGAGAGAAAUCACGUGUAA